GGGCGGGCGGCGGCCGCUGGCCGGGGGGAGCGCCCCGGGGGUUCCACCUGGUGCCGCCUGCGGCGGGGGGGGGCGGUGACCAGCACAUCCCGGCUCCUUCUUCCUCGGAGCAGCGGGGGUGGAGAGAGAGGGGCUGGGGGAGGUCCUCUCCGCCCCCGUCGGAGGGAGCGGAGUGGAGCGAGGGAAAGUAUGUGAAAAUUGUUCCUAUUUCUUCAGGUCUGUGGAAGUGAGUUUUGCAUUGUCCACUUCGAGGCAGCAUUUUUGAUACUCUUUGCAGAGUGGACAAGCUGUUUGUUUUGGUCUUGUGUUAUCAGGAAAAUGACUCUAGCUUCGCACCUACCCCUUUGCACCUAUGCAUCUGUUCCUACCCCUUCAUCUCAAUUAUCUGUCCUUUCCCAGAACACAAUCAAUGUUCAAGUAGUUAAUGUGAAGUUAUUCAGUGCACAGUAUAUCUCCUUGAAUAGGGUGGAAAAUAUAGUGCAAAGCUUAAGUUUCUGUGGAGGAAACUUCUUGAACUCAAAAUGUGGUCCUGACAAGCUGCCUCUGGUGUCAGUAAUAGACCUUCUACCAUGAGCAAUUCUACUCCAGCUACAGGUAAUGAGAAGACAAAAAGUCGAGGAAAAAGAUCACUAUGUUCCCCUUCACGUGUCAUUCAUAUUCGUCAAAUUCCAGAUGAUGUUACUGGAGCAGAAGUUAUUUCAUUAGGUGUCCCUUUUGGCAAAGUAACCAAUGUCUUGAUGCUAAGAGGAAAAGGUCAGGCAUUUUUGGAAAUGGCUUCCAUAGAUGCUGCUGUUUCUAUGGUGAAUUACUACGCUGUUGCUACACCCCUCCUCCACAAUCAACCAGUUUAUAUGCAAUAUUCCUGUUACAAGGAACUUAGGACUGACAAUCAACCUAAUCAGGCUAGACCCCAACCUGCACCACAAUGUAUGAAUGCUGUGCAGCAUGGAAACCUGGGUAUUACAAGUGCUUUUGCUGCUGAAGGUGGGGUCCUUCCAAGUCAUGGUUCUGUUCUUCGAAUCGUUGUUGAAAAUGUUUUUUGCCCUGUCACUUUAGACACACUGUAUCAGAUUUUCUCUAAAUUUGGCUUUGUCUUGAAGAUUGUCAUGUUCCAUAAGAACAAUCAAUUUCAAGUUCUGCUCCAGUAUGCUGAUGCAAUGAAUGCAUAUUAUGCCAAAAUGGCUCUGGAUGGCCAUUGUAUCUACACUGGCUGCUGCACUCUGCGUAUUGAUUUCUCCAAGUUUACUAAGCUAACGGUGAAGUACAACAAUGACAAAAGUAGAGAUUUCACUCGCACUGACCUUCCUUUUGGUGAUGGCCACCGAACUGUAGAGACAUCCUUAUCUGCUCCUUUUGCCACCCAAAAUACCGUAUUUCCAUCAUAUACAGGGCCUCCUGGGUUUGCCCCAGCCUUGGGCUUUCCUCAGGGAGCUGGUCCUUCUGCUCUGCCUGUUCCUGGAGCACUUGGUCCUCUCACGGUCACCACAUCAGCAGCACCUGGACACAUGACUGUUCCGGGUAUUCCAGGAAACUCUGUUUUACUAGUCAGCAACCUCAACCCUGAAGCCAUCACACCUUAUGGACUUUUCAUCCUAUUUGGUGUAUAUGGUGACGUGCAUCGUGUGAAAAUCAUGUUUAAGAAAAGAGGAAUUGCUUUGGUUCAGAUGGCAGAUGCAACCCAAGCUCAAUUAGCUAUCAACUACUUGAAUGGACAAAAGCUUUAUGGAAGGGUCAUGCAUACUACUCUUUCAAAAUAUCAGACAAUUCAACUUCCUCGUGAGGGACAAGAGGACAAAGGUCUGACAAAGGACUAUAGCAAUAGCCCUUUACAUCGUUUUAAGCAUCCCUGCUCCAAGAAUUUUCAAAAUAUCUUUCCUCCAUCUGCAACCUUGCAUCUGUCCAACAUCCCGCCUUCUGUUACUGUUGAUGAUUUGAAGAACCUUUUUACAAGUAAAGGAUCUACUGUGAAAGGCUUCAAAUUUUUCCAGAAAGAUUGCAAAAUGGCUCUUAUCCAGCUGGGCUCAGUGGAAGAAGCAGUUCACGCUCUCAUUGAGCUUCACAAUCAUGACUUUGGAGAAAACCAACAUCUCAGAGUUUCCUUCUCAAAAUCUUCAAUCUGAAUUUUAUGUGAAUUUUCCCUUUAAGGCUGCUGAAUGUUUUCUGUAAAAUCUUCAAAGAGAGACUGAGACAGCUCUGACCAGCUCUCUCUCUUAAAAGAAAAACCUCAUUCAUACACAAAGAAUUAAGUAAUGAUUUUUUCUGAUUCUAGCUGCAAUUAUGUCAUCCAUAGAAAGAUUCUUCUGUGAAAUCAUUUUAGCAACAAUAUUUAUCAUCAAAUUUCCUACUUGAAAUUAUAUUUUGAGACCAUCCUUUCAGCUUUUGUUUGAAAUCAGCCUUACAAAACAAUUUAGAGUGCUUUUGCAAUGUACCAAACGAGUAUGUUUAAUGAAAAGGUAAACCUACUCUGUGCAGAUUAAACACUAAUUUGAAAUGUGAAAUAGUGCUUGGGUUUCUUGAAGAAAAGCAAACAGUAACUGUGAGUAUCCUCUAAAUAGUAUUUAUGUUACCAAGGUGUGUGUUCAUACUUUGGCGAAUCUUUACAAAUAACUUGCUUAUAAAAAUAAAAAGUCUGUGCUGUUCUUAUAGAUUAAAUUAUUAGAGAAAAGGCAGUGCCUUCUCUCUGGAAUAAAAGUAUUUGACAAGUUUCUUCAAGGUGUGGAAUUGGAGAAUUAGUUUGACUUGACUGUGGGUUGGAAGUUGGAUGUCCUAUUUCUACUAUGAAGGGAUGUGUAACAGUACCUUGGAGAAAAUAAAACAAGAAAAUGCUCCUGAUUAAAAUAUUUUUUUUACAUUUCUCUAAAUAAUUAAAUGUUUGCAAUCUUAUGGAAAAUAUUCAGGUCUGUGAUGGUUUCUCAAGUUUUUAAGAAGUUAUUUUUGCUAAGGUCGUCUUUCAGGGCAGAAAAAUUAAACCUCGAGGUUUUUUACCACUCUACAGUCUAAUACUUAAAUUACUCUGUAUUUACCUAAUUUCUUAUUUUGUGCCUUACUAUAUGUGUAUGAAUAGAUUAGAGUGUUACCUAAGUAUCUUGCAAAAAUAUUGUGGGCUUUGUGAAAAUUCUCGUCUUGGUCUUUUUGUAAAUGUUUUCCAUGAUAAUUCAAGAUAUAUUUUUUCAUUAAUUAAUAUUUUGAAUUCUAGUUUCUUGCGCUUUCUUAUGGAGAUUGGAUGUAGAUGGGAAUGAGGUUUCAUUUGUUGUGAAAUCAUAUAGGGAUUCUUUAAGUUUACCUGGUUGCACUUCUCUGAUGGUAGUUCUUCACUGAUAAAAAAUUCACACCAAAAAAAAAUAUACUAAAAAAACCAAACAAAACUAUAUAGAAGGGCCAAACAGCAAAUCCAGUUAGUUUUUUGGAUUUCAUCUGACUUUUUGAGAGACACUGGCUGUAUCAAAAUAUUCUUUUGGGUUUCUGCAUUUCUUUAUUUUUAAUACUUUACAGUAUUAAAGUAAUAGAAUACUAUCAUUCUUUCCUUCCUAAGUAUGAAAAAAUGUUUGAUACUGAAUCUUGAUUCCUCUUUGGGGAAUGAGCUGAGAUGCAGUUAGGUUUUGCCAUGAGUGUACAGAUGAAUAGUAAUGACUUCUGAUUGUAUUUUAUAAAGCUAAAUUUCAUUUUAAAAGCUUUUUUUCCCAGUAUCGUCUUUCACAUAAAUUAAUUGAAAAUUAAUUUAAUUUUACUUAACACAUUUUAAAGCCCUAUUUAUUUCAUGGCAUUUAUUUACUUCUAACUAUUGCAGAAUUUGUUUCUGCUGUAAUGUUUUGCCACUCAUAAUUGUUUUUGUUCAUCUGAAUUGUAUGACUUUAUCUUUCGAGAAGAAAGAGUAUGUUUCUACCGUGAUAUGAAUAUCCUGUAGUGAGCUUUCUCAAAUUUUCUCUCUGAAUUAUUUUUGCAAAAUUAGCCUUAUAGUAGCUUGCUAGAUACUACCUUGAUCUGUGUAAAUUGAUUACAGGUGUAGUGUUAAGGAAAUUUCACUGCCCAGCCAUCUGGGAGCCUCUCUGGCAGUCACUCUUGCACCACCUGAGCUGGGACUGAGGCUCUUCCCAGUUACAGCCCCCACAUUCCCACAGUCAGAACAGGUUUCCAUACUGGGUGGACCCCAGGUUUCCCAUAGCAGUCUCAGGCGUCCCAACCAUUAAAAUAAUUUCAUCACAGCACAAUAACAAACUAACAGCUCAAGCUGGUGUCUCUGAGGAGGGACCCUGAACAAAGGGACCCUGCCCUGGGCUUUCAUCCCCUCAGCAGUCUAAGCAUGGGAAGGUCUGGGAUCGUCGGCUCCUGCCGUGUCCCAGUGUCCGGUCCCCUGGCUGGGCCACAGGUCCCGGGGCCCUUGUGUGCCCAGGGUCGGCUCUCCACGGCCUCUUUGCCUGGGCUGUCCCAGCCUGAGCUCAGCCUGCAGCUCCCACUGCACUGCACCCCGAGCUACCUCAGUGAACGUGUUCCUCAACAGUAGCAGCCAAUCUGACUGCAGAGUUGUAGCUAUAAUAAGUGCUGUACAACACAACUAUAUAAAUAUGCAGAAUGUACUAUGUACUGGAAAGUUCAACUGGCUUAGGAAAAAUAUUCUCCUAAGGGAUGUUAUCUUUUGGAUUUCACAGAAUCACAGAAUGGUGUGGGUUGAUCUUCAUGAGGUUCUCACAGUCUCACUGCUCAGUCUGUCCAGAUCCUGCUGGAUGGUAUCCUUUCUUUCCAGGCGUGCUGACUGCACCACACAGCUUGAUGUUGUCACCAAACUUGUAGAAG